CUUUACCAGGGAUGCGUGCUCGAUGGCUCAUACUCAGACAGCCAACUACAGGCAACCUCGUUACUACACCACCCGAGACCUAUCCGUAGCGUAAACGCCUCGCCCUUGGCGCCUACGCAAACUCAUCUCACCUGCUCUCCGCCUAUCCCUCCCUACACCGUCCUUGUUGAGUUCAAUUGUUUUCAAGAGAUACUUAGACAGUAAAACCACUGUUUGUCGCUGUCACCGUUCUUUUUAAGCGACUUUGGGGGAGACGAUAACGUUGGACAGUCUUCGGUCUUGUGGUACGAAAACUGCGAGGGCUUAUCAUUCUUAUUUGCUAUUUCCCGUUGCGGAAUAAAAACGUGUGCCAUAAAAUACGCAGAAGUUGUAGGGCGAGAGCUGUCUUAAUUCCCUCAGUAACGGUCCUUUUUUCUCUUUAUUAAAACUCUGUGCCGGAGAUACAUAUUGAAAGUCGAUUUAUAACGAGUUUGGUACAGGUUACUUUAAUUCGCUUGUCUGUUGCCUGUCGUACAGGAAACAGCAUUCGUUAUCACACGACUGACUUGUUGAAGUCGUUUGAAAGCGUCAAAAACGGCGUAUAAACUUUCUACUCCCCACAGAAAUUCUUCUGAACCGUUUUACCCUUGGUUCUCACUAAAAAAUGGCCUAUAACGGCAGAGAACGAGAGUACGACGAUCAAAGCUAUCACUCUGGGCAAAAUUGGACGAGUGAGUUGACAGCAGUCGAAAGUCCUUUCGAAAAUGCUGAGACUUAUGAUCCUGAAGCGCAUCGUCGCGAGUCAGUGGAUCCUUUUGCCCAUGAUUAUGAUGAAUAUAACCGUAGCGACAACGAUGAGGACUUUGAUGAGCUUGAGGACGAUCUAAUGAACCCGGACGGCUACACGUCGCAAGAAGGUUUUACUUCGCAAGACUCCAACGUGUCUAACCGAAGCUAUGUCAUGUUUCCCCUCAACCGCGGCCAACCAUUGUCAAAGCGUUAUGAAUCUGUUGGCUUAGACGAGUUUGGACACGAGUACAUCGUGGAGGGAUCGAGUGUUGAUUCUUCGGACAGUGCUGGUCACUAUGAAGCGUUGUAUCCCUCGUGGACGGCUGAAACAAACGCGCCGGUGCUGACGCAAGACAUAGAAAGUAUCUUUAUCGAGUUCUCAUCAAAGUUCGGUUUCCAAUGGGAUAGCAUGCGCAACAUGUUCGAUUACUUCAUGGUUAUGUUGGACUCUCGUGCAUCGAGAAUGGCACCGAGGGAUGCUCUUGCAACCUUGCAUGCUGAUUACAUUGGUGGACCCAAUGCAAACUUUAAAAAGUGGUACUUUGCAGCUGGCAUGGACCGCCUCGACUUGACUUCCGGAUCACCUUCUUUCAUCAGUCAGGAUUCUUCCGGGGUUAUCGCGAAGGACGACCUCAAAUCCUACGAGAACUUAUGGUACAAUCGCAUGGAAGAGUUAACUGAUGUUGAGCGUGUUGAGCAGUUGUCAUUGUACAUGCUUUGCUGGGGUGAAGCAAACAACGUGAGAUUCAUGCCCGAAUGUCUUUGUUUCAUUUAUAAGUGCGCUUACGAUUAUUUCUUAUCUGCGGAGUACAAACAUAAGAAGGACAGUGCUCCUCAGGAUUUCUAUCUUGAUCACUGCAUUACACCUAUAUAUCAACUGCUUCAUGAUGAGCAGUUCGAAAUAGUCAAUGGCAAGUUUACUCGCCGGGAGCGUGACCAUGCUAAAAUUAUUGGUUACGACGAUGUCAACCAAACGUUUUGGUACAUGCGCGGUAUUCGAGGGAUAAAGCUUUUUGAUGGAACUUGUUUGAUCGACGCACCGGCUCCGGCGCGUUUCCACAUGCUGUAUAGAGUUGACUGGCGGCAGUCUGUCCAUAAGUCAUUCCGUGAAAUUCGGAGUCUCACUCACUUCAUUGUUAACUUUACUCGCAUUUGGGUUUUGCAUCUCUCUAUCUUUUGGUAUUUCAUUGCUUAUAAUUCCCCGACUAUGUACACGAAGAAUUAUCAUCAUUUGCUUUAUACUCAGCCUGCCCCUGCUGCCCGGUGGACAGCUUGUGGUAUUGCCGGAGCGGUUGCUUCAUUCAUUGUGUUCGUAUCCCUUCUUUUGGAAUCGGUGUUUGUUCCGAGAACAGCUCCGGGUACUCAAAGUGUUUUCCCUCGUCUUUUGUUCAUGCUUAUUUUAAUGGCAGUGAACAUUGCACCGGCUGUAUACAUUCUUGGUUACUGUAAUUUGACAGAACAGUAUGAGAGCACUGCGAAGUCUAUAUCCCAUGCUCACUUUUGGUUUUCAAUUGUGUGUGUUUUGUACUUAUCAUUCGUCCCGCAAUCCUCUUUGCUGGGUUCACGCUACUGGAAAAGCUCGAGAAAGUAUCUCGCACACAAGUACUUCACUGCAAGCUAUGUAAAGCUUCCCUUUCACAGAUGGUGUAUCUCUGCAGCCCUUUGGACUAUUGUCUUCGGUGCGAAGUUUGUGGAAUCUUACUUCUUCUUAACACUUUCAGCGAAGGAUCCAAUUCGUUUCUUGCACACCAUGAAGCCAUACUAUUGUUAUGAUUACAUUAUUGGUGAUGCUUUGUGUAAGCAUCAGCCAAGAUUCAUUCUUGCUCUUGUAUAUAUUACUGAAUUAGUUCUGUUCUUCUUGGAUUCCUAUCUUUGGUACAUGUUGGUAUGCACUAUGUUUAGUAUUGCAUAUUCAUUCUAUCUUGGUAUCACCAUUUGGACGCCUUGGAGUUACCUCUUUAGUAACAUUCCUAGACGAAUGUAUAACAAAAUUUUGGCUACGGAUCACCUUCCUGAGUUCUAUAAACCAAAGAUCUAUAUUGCUCAAUUGUGGAACAGCAUUAUCAUUUCUAUGUACCGAGAGCAUCUCUUAACCAUGGAGCAUCUUAAGAAGUUGCUUUUCCAGCCCGUUGACAGCGAGCAGAGCGGAAAGCGUACUUUUAAGACUCCAUCAUUCUUUUUUCAAUACACGGACAGGGCAGCAGCAAAAAUGGAUUAUUUCCCUAAGAAUUCUGAGGCAGAGAGAAGAAUUUCCUUUUUUGCCCAGUCUCUAAGUUGUCGUAUGCCCGCAACAACUUCUGUUGCGGAGAUGCCAACUUUCACAGUUCUCAUUCCCCAUUAUGGUGAGAAAAUUCUUCUUAGUUUACGUGAAAUCAUUCGUGAACAAGAUCCCAUGUCUCGUAUUACGCUACUGGAAUAUCUUAAGCAAUUGUAUCCCAAUGAGUGGGAGUACUUUGUGCGUGAUACCAAGCUGCUGGCAGGUGAAAUGGAUGCAGAUGAAGCUACAACUCUCAAAACUGAGAAGGGUAAGAAGGGUGGUGUAACGGAAAAGGUUACCGACCUUCCGUUCUACUGCAUCGGUUUCAAAUCAAAUGCGCCAGAGUACACACUUAGAACUCGUAUUUGGGCAUCUUUAAGAAGUCAAACUCUGUAUCGUACCGCUAGUGGUAUGAUGAAUUAUACCCGUGCCCUGAAAUUGCUUUAUCGUGUCGAGAACCCCCAAUUAUCGGAGGAGUGCAAUGGUGACCCCGAUAAAGUUGAUUACAAGAUUGAGCAAAUGGCUUUCCGAAAAUUUAGACUUUGUAUUUCUAUGCAAAGAUAUGCAAAGUUCAACCAGGAGGAAAAUGAAAAUGCCGAAUUUAUGUUGCGUGCUCAUCCUGAACUUCAAAUUGCGUAUUUGGAUUCUGAUCCCGUAACAUCACCGGAUGAAGAACCGCGUUUGUAUGCUACGUUGAUCAAUGGUUUCUGUCCAUUUAAAGACGGACGUCGGUUACCCAAGUACCGUAUUCGGCUUUCCGGCAAUCCUAUUUUGGGUGAUGGUAAAGCAGACAACCAGAACAUGUCUUUGCCUUUCAUUCGUGGUGAGUAUCUUCAACUUAUUGAUGCCAAUCAGGACAACUAUAUCGAGGAAUGCUUGAAGAUUCGGAGCAUGCUUGCUGAAUUCGAAGAGAUGGAACCUCCUGCGUGCAGUCCUUAUUCCCCGGAGUUAAUGAGAAAACAUCCAGUUGCUAUGCUUGGAUCUCGUGAGUAUAUUUUCUCGGAGAACAGUGGUAUUUUGGGUGAUGUUGCUGCCGGUAAGGAGCAAACAUUCGGUACGCUGUUUUCGAGAGCUCUUGCAUUAAUUGGUGGUAAAUUGCAUUAUGGUCAUCCAGAUAUUCUGAACACGAUUUUCAUGACAACUCGAGGUGGUGUCUCAAAGGCACAAAAGGGUUUGCAUGUCAAUGAGGAUAUUUACGCUGGUAUGACGGUUUUGCAACGUGGUGGCCAGAUCAAGCAUUGUGAAUACUUCCAAUGUGGUAAGGGUCGUGAUUUGGGUUUCGGCACUAUUUUGAACUUCACGACUAAGAUUGGAACGGGUAUGGGAGAACAGACCUUGUCGCGUGAGUACUUUAAUCUUGGUACGCAACUUCCUCUUCACCGCUUGCUCGCCUUUUUCUAUGCACAUGCUGGUUUCCAUUUGAAUAAUGUCUUCAUCAUGGUCUCUAUUCAGCUUAUUAUGUUGGUUAUCCUUAACCUUGGUGCAAUGUAUAAGGUCGUCACGGUUUGUCAUUACACGACUUCGGAUGCGAUUAACGCGGCGUUCCGUCCAUCUGGCUGCUACCAAUUGAAGCCGUUGCUUGAUUGGCUUCGACGCUGUAUUAUUUCAAUUUUCAUUGUAUUCUUCGUCGCGUUCCUUCCUCUUAUUACUCAUGAUUUGGUCGAUAAGGGAGCACCCCGUGCCAUCAAGCGUUUGACCAAGCAAAUCUGCUCACUGUCCCCCAUGUUUGAGGUGUUUGUCACUCAAAUUUAUGCUCAGUCUAUCAUCACAAACUUUUCUUAUGGUGGUGCUAGAUAUAUUGCAACUGGUCGUGGUUUCGCUACAACGCGUGUUCCGUUCUCGACAUUGUAUUCCAGAUUUGCGGCUCCUUCCAUUUAUGUUGGUACGAGAAUGUUGUUAAUGCUUCUUUUUGGUACUUUGACAGUUUGGACCGCACAUUAUAUCUAUUUCUGGAUUACAUUGUACGCGCUCUGUGUGUCACCUUUCAUUUACAAUCCUCACCAAUUCGCCUGGACUGACUUCUUUGUUGAUUAUCGUGAAUUUAUGCGUUGGCUUACUCGGGGUAACACGAAGUCUCACAGCAACUCGUGGAUUGCUUUCUGUCAACUCACACGUACGCGAAUUACUGGUUUCCGGCGUCAAAUCAAAGGUCGUCCCUCCAACAAGAUUAGUAUGGACUCGCCACGUGCUAAGGUCUCUAACUUGUUCGUCAACGAGCUCUUCCUUCCAGCUUGUGCCGUAUUCUUUACGUUGGCCCCCUAUGUUUUCAUGAACUCUCAACCUGGAAACCCUGAUCCCGAGAAGUCUGUCAAUUCGUUUAUUCGUAUUUUUAUCAUGUCGGGUAUUCCUGUUGCUGCUAGUGCUGCGUCAGCAAUUAUCUUUUCCACUUUAUCUCUCUGUUGUGGUCCCCUCUUUAGAAAACGUAUGAGAAGUUACGGUAGUUUGAUGGCUGCUUUUGCCCAUGCCGUAUCCAUCGUUGCGCUGUUCUUCACGUUUGAGGCUUUAUGGUUUUUGGAGGCCUGGUCGUUUUCUAAAACGGUUCUGGGUUGUAUUGUUAUCAUGACUAUUGAGCGUUUCUUCUUUAAGGUCGUAACUAUUUUUAUGCUUACUCGUGAUCAGGGUGAUGACAAUGCGAAUCUGUCCUGGUGGAACGGUGACUGGUUUGAACAAAACUCUGCUCAUGUUUCCUUCGUGAGAGUGGUUCGUGAGUUUGUUUGCAAAACAACCGAGCUGAAUCUUUUCUCCACGGAUUUUGUUUUGGGUCAUAUGAUCUUGUUUUCUCUUAUUCCGCUUUUGCUCGUUCCUUACAUAGACGUUUUUCAUUCCAUGCUUUUGUUUUGGUUGCAACCUAAGCGCCAAAUUCGUGCGCCUAUCUACACGAUGAAGCAGAAUCGUCUUCGUCGUUUGAUUUUCUUCCGGUAUUCAUUUGUCUUCCUCUUGAUAUUGGCCUUCUUCGUUGCAGCCAUUAUCGUCCCCUUCAUUCUUGACAACCAGUUGUCCUAUUCGUUUACGCUCGAUAAGUCUAAAGGCUUCGGUCGUCUUAUGCAGCCUUCCGAUCAAGACUGGUCAGCGUACAUUGGAAACAAAAACACAUCUGCAUAGACGGUAAUUGGAGUAUAAUCGAGUUUGGUGCUCUUUGUGUUUAUUUUUUGUCACUGACUCAAGUUCAUAACCCUCCGAUUUUGAAAUCUAACUUAUUUAUAGAUUCGCAAAUACCUCACAUUCCUUAAAACCGUUGCGAACAAUCAAUUUCCCCAUUCUCUAUUAAACAUACACUGUAAUAUUUUACAUCUAACAAUAUGCUUUUGGUUUACGGCUAUCGAUUCGGACCAAUGUCUUGUGUGUAAACCUGGCCGUCAACAACGUUGCGAGUUGAUGAUGCCGCUGUCUCACAGGAUGAUCGUAUUGAGAUCGCUUGUGUCUCUUCAACGAGGUGACAAGCAAUCUCGAAUAGACAUUGGUCAUUGGGUCCACUACAUAAUUCAUUUUCGCACCUCGAGGCACUCUAACAACUGCUACCAUCAGUAAAUGGCGUUACAAUUUAAGGAUAACGAA